AUGGAACGCGAGCGACAACUCGCCGAGCGGAUGCGUCAGCGGGAAGCGGAGAAGGAAAAGGAACCGGAAAAGCCAAAACUCGACCCGAAAGCCGAAUAUGAAAAGCUCUUGUCCAUGAGAUCUGGUGGUACAUAUAUCCCACCCGCCCGUCUGCGCGCUUUGCAGGCACAGAUUACCGACAAGAACUCAAAGGAAUAUCAGCGCAUGGCAUGGGAAGCUCUGAAGAAGAGUAUCAACGGGUUGAUCAAUAAGGUUAAUGUUUCGAACAUCAAACACAUCGUGCCGGAGCUUUUUGGAGAAAAUUUGAUCCGCGGAAGGGGGCUUUACUGUAGAUCGAUCAUGAAGGCACAGGCUGCAUCUUUGCCAUUCACCGCUAUUUACGCUGCUAUGACCGCCAUUGUCAAUACGAAAUUGCCCCAGGUUGGUGAAUUGUUGUUAAACAGGCUAGUGGUUCAAUUUCGAAAAGCGUUCAAGAGAAACGACAAAGCAGUGUGUCUUAGCAGCACUACAUUCAUUGCUCAUCUCUGCAAUCAGCAGGUCGCCAAUGAAAUUUUAGCCAUUGAAAUUCUUAUGCUGCUCCUGGACAAACCGACCGACGAUUCCGUGGAGAUUGCCGUAGGUUUAAUGCGAGAAGUUGGUGCUCAUCUUGAACAGAUGUCACCUCCGGCAAAUAACGCCGUUUACGAACAGUUCAGAACCAUUCUUCACGAGGCUAGUAUCGAUAAGCGCUCUCAGUACAUGGUUGAGGUUUUGUUCCAAGUGCGUAAGGACAAAUACAAGGAUCAUCCCAUUAUAAGGGAAGAACUUGAUCUAGUGGAGGAGGAGGACCAAAUAACUCACAGGACCGAGCUUGACGAUGAGAUCGAUACAGCUGAUGGUUUGAAUGUGUUUAAAUUUGAUCCUGACUGGGAGGAACACGAGGAACUUUAUAGAAAGACGAAGGCCGAGAUUUUAGGGGAAGGUAGCGAGGGUGAAAGUGAUGAGGAAGAGGAUGAUGAUAGUAGCGAUGAAGAAGACGAGGAAAAACAAGAGGAUAAAAAAAUCGAGAUCCAAGAUCAGACUAAUACAAAUCUGGUCAAUCUGCGAAGAACGAUUUACCUUACUAUAAUGUCUUCGGUUGAUUUUGAGGAAUGUUGUCACAAGCUUAUGAAGAUUACGCUUCCACCUGGGUUGGAGAAAGAACUUUGCUUGAUGGUCAUUGAAUGUUGCUCCCAGGAACGUACAUAUAGCAAAUUCUAUGGCUUGAUUGGCGAACGGUUUGCAAAGUUGAACCGACUCUGGACCGAACUAUUUGAGGACUGUUUCCGAACGUAUUAUGAUACGAUCCAUCGGUAUGAAACUAACCGUCUACGCAAUAUCGCCCGAUUUUUUGGACAUCAGCUGUCCAGCGAUGCUCUGGGUUGGCAUGUCCUCUCCGUUGUUCACAUAAAUGAAGAGGAGACCACUUCAUCGUCACGUAUUUUUGUCAAGAUACUUUUCCAGGACUUAGCAGAAUGUAUGGGGAUGAAGAAGUUGCAAGAACGAUUAAAGGAUCCUUUCCUUCAGAACGAAUACACUGGGCUUUUCCCUAAGGACAACCCUAGGAACACUAGAUUUUCUAUCAACUACUUCACUAGUAUCGGAAUGGGUGGUGUUACCGAAGACAUGAGGGAGCACCUCAAGAACAACGUCGAAGCUCAAGCGGCUAUUGCCCCGCCGCCACCAGCCGGAGAUGUGUCCGAUAACAGCUCAGUUAGCUCAAGGUCGAGCUAUUCGUCUUAUAGCGGAAGUUCACGCUCCAGGUCCCGAUCUCGUUCAGGAUCAUAUGACAGUCGAUCAAGGAGCCGGAGUAGAGGGAGAGCUUCUAAAGGGAAAGGCAAGGCAAGAAGCUACACUCGAUCUCUUAGUGGAAGCGACCGUAGCCGGAGUCGAAGCCGUAGCCAUAGCCUCAGCAAGAGUUAUGACUCUUACUCUCAUCGGUCAAAGUCUUACUCACGCUCUCGAAGUCGAUCAUUAUCGCCAUAUGCAAAGAACAUAAAACGAGAAAGAUCGGUAUCGAGGGGUUCCGGGAGCUCGAGAUCUCGGUCUCGGUCUCGGUCUCGGUCAUACACGCCAGCGAAAAAAGAGGCCAUAGAAUCGCGGGGAAGGCGGCGAUCUAGAUCUUACUCAUCCUCUAUUGACGUUCGAUCCCGAAAACCCAUUGUUAGAGGCCGCAGUUACUCUUCAGCCAGCCGCAGCCCUUCACAUUCCAGCAGAUCACCGACCCCAAAACGCUCCGUCAAGAGCAGAAAGGACAGCUAUUCCCCGCCACCGCGAAGCAGACGGCGAAGUCCUACUCCAGGUGAUAGUAGAAGUAGAAGCCGGAGUCCAACGCCAGUUCGUAGCCCUAUUAGGGAAAGGGAUUCGGGGAAAUGGGAUCGUUAUGAUGGCAGAAGGGGUAGGGAAGAUAAUUAUCGGAGAAAUGGUGGAAGAGAUAGGGGUCAUCCAAGGCGGAAGAGGGGCAGGGAGAGUUAG